AUGCAUAUGUGUACACCUAAUGAUAAUGUUAUCCUCAUUCAGUGGUCUGAAAAUGCAAAAGUAUCCUCAUCUAUGAAGAAGAAGGCGAUUGCGAAUGAAGAAGAAGAGAAGGUAACCAUGGACGAAAUUCUGGAGCUAAAAAUUCACCAUAGUGGUCAAUUCAUUGACUGUGAUCUUAGUGUGUAUGAGGGAGGUGUGGUAGAUACGUUAAAAGUAGAUGCUGAUAAGUGGAGUUAUUUUGAGUUAGUAGGUGUGUUGAAGGAAUUAGGUUAUAGGGACUUUGAGAAAAUGUAUUACAAUGAUCCACAAUUUGGGAUGAAUGCCCUAGUUGAUGACACAGUGGUUGAUGUUGUUGUUGAGCAUGUAGAUGAGGUUGAAGAUUUUCUUAAUAAGUUACAUGAUGAAAUAGCUGAUAAAUUGGAUAAGAUGAAUGAUGCUAAUGUUGUUGUGGAAGAAGGAGAAGUUGGGUUGAAUGGUGAUAAUGUUGUGGAAGGAGGAGAAGCUGGACUGAAUGGUGGAAAUGUUGUUGUUGAAGAAGGAGAUGCUGAGAUAAAUGGAGGAAAUAUUGUUGUGGAAGGAGGAGCUGAGCUAAAUGGUGGAAAUGCUAAUGUAGCCUCAAACAAUGUUGAAGUUCUGUCAAACAAUAUGGGUGAGGUUCAUGAUGAAAGUGAUGAUGAUAGUGAAGAUGAGAGCUUUCAGUAUGACAGUGCCCUUGAGGUAUCAUUUGAGGAUGAAUCUGAUGGGUAUGAUGAGAUGGAUGAUGAUGAACUUGCUGAUCUCAUAGAAUAUGAAACUGAUGGAAAGUCUAGUGGAAAAAAAAAGCAAAUAAAAGAUACAGGAGAGUGUAAGGGGAGUGAUAAUAACAGUGAUGAUCUUCAAAGUGGCUGUGAUAGUGAUGACAAUAGUGGAAAUAAUAGGAAGAAAGACCUGAAGUUCAUGAAAAAUGACAAGAAAAGAGUGAGGGUAAGAUGUAAGGAUGGCUGUCAAUGGGAUCUCUAUUGUGCCAAGUUACCAGAUGAGGAUUCUUGGCAAGUAAGAAAAAUAAUUGAUGAACAUAAUUGUAGUAGGGAGUUCAAUGUGAAGUUGCUAUCUACAAAGUGGCUGAGCAAGAGGAUUCAUAAUUCAUUGAAAAACAAUCCUAGGUUGAAGGGUAAGGAUAUAAAAGAUAAGGCUUUGAGAAAGUGGAAUAUGGGGAUAAACAAGACCAAGGCAAUAAGAGCAAGAGUGGCUGCUGGGGAUAAGGUUGAUGGGUCUUUCUUGGGGGAUUACACUAGGAUAUAUGACUAUUGUCAUGAGUUGCUGAGAGCAAAUCCAGGUUCUACAAUUAAGAUGAAUGUUGAGCCUGUUCCUGAAGGUGUUGAUGAUCAAAGACCAUAUUUUAAAAGGGCCUUUGUGGGGGGAAAAAUUCUGGCAGCUAUAGGAAGGGAUCCUAAUGAUCAGAUGCUUCCUAUAGCAUAUGCUGUGGUGGAAAGUGAAAAUAAGGAAAGUUGGACUUGGUUUUUGGAGUUCUUAAUUGCUGACUUAGGAGGUGCUACUGAGUGUCUAACAUACACUUUUAUUUUAGACCAACAAAAGGGGCUGUUACCUGCAAUGGAUGAGUUGUUGCCCAAUGUGGAACAACGAUUUUGUGUUAGACACCUGUAUAAUAAUUUUAGGAAAAGGUUUCCUGGUAAGCUGUUGAAGGAAGUUAUAUGGAAGGCUGCAAAGUCAACAUAUGCUCAAGCUUGGGAAACAGAGAUGAAAAGAAUGAGGUUGGCCAAUCAAGAAGCAUAUCUCCAUAUGAUGAAUACUCCACCAAGAUUUUGCAGUAGAUCAUAUUUUAGGACAACCAACAAGUGUGAUGUUGUGCUCAAUAACAUGUCUGAGUCAUUUAACAAUGUAAUUCUUGACUCUAGAGGAAAGCCACUUGUGAUAAUGCUUGAAGAAUCAGAACUCACCUCAUGGAGAGAUGGGCUAAAAACAGAAUGA